AUGGUUUACGCGCGCAGCGCGCGCGCGACGCCGGUGAAACCACUUUCCCGCCAGAAUCACUCUCGCGGGACAUCGGCGCGAACGACGCGGCGCUCGCGCCCUCAAACGCCUCGCGCCUUGCUCGGGGACGAACAAGACAAAGAACUCUGGAAUGAGACGUCCCUGGGCGACGCCGCGAGCGCGGUAGCGGACGCGAAUGAUGAUUCGCUGUGGGAACACGUGGGCGCGAGCGAGGCGACGCCGCGAAACGCGGCGUUUUCGCGAAAAUCCAGCGCGCAGGACGACGUGGACGAGGACUUGUUCGCAGAUUUAGAGGAAACGUUGUUCAAGGUCGAUCGCGCGGCGCUGCAAAUACAAAAAGCGGAUUUCACGGUGAAUAGUGUCAUCGACAAGAUUAAUCGCGGCAAGGUGAACUUGCGACCGAGUUAUCAGAGAGAAUACGUGUGGACGGUUCGCACGGCGAGUAAGCUCAUAGAGUCUUUGAUCUUAAACAUUCCCGUACCGACGAUGUUCUUUCACGAGACGCAGAGUGGGAAGCUAGAGGUGGUGGAUGGCAAGCAGCGUUUGACGUCGAUUUGGAGCUUUAUUCAGUGUGAAUUUCCGGAUGGAUCUCCGUUCAGGCUGACCGGGUUGGAGGUUUACGAAGACUUGAACGGGUUGACGUUCACGGACUUGCACGAACGAUUUCAAGAGACGAUUUUAGACUACCCUCUGAACGUGCACACGAUCUCACGAUCGUCGCAGCCGGAUUUUGUGUUUGAAGUGUUUGAGCGCUUAAACAUGGGCGCGACGCAGUUGAACGAACAAGAGUUGAGAAACUGCAUCUACCAAGGGAUGUACACCGACUUGCUGGAAGAAUUGGUCAAAAACGAGAAUUUGUUGAAAGUUUAUCGAUCGAAGACGCCGCAUCUGCGCAUGCGCGAUCGGGAGUUGGUUUUGCGGUACUUUGCUAUGAUGCGAACGGCGCCGGAGGGUUUCUUCAUCCCAAUCAAGAGCUGGUUGAACGAGGAGAUGCGCGAAAACAAGGACAUGACGCCUCAAGAUGCAGGAGACAUGCAGGCAUCGUUUAACCGCACGAUCAAGCUCGCGUAUGAUAUUUUCGGCGAUUGCGCGUUUCGCCCAACGUCGCCGGUGGGCAAAGGCAAAAAAGUCACGGAGGAAGACGUCAAUGGUUUGUUCUUCCGUGAAUUCUUCACGUCGGGCGAAAUCAACGUCGCACUUUGGGAUACUUUGAUGUAUUCGUUGACCGACGUCGACGCGAAGAAAGCUUUGGAGAAAAAGAGCACGAUUUUGGCGGCGUGGAUCAACUUGAACAACUCGUCUGAAUUCUCGAAGCUGCAAGUGAGCAACCCAAAGGCGGUGUGCGCGAGACAAGAACUCUGGCAAGCGAAGCUGGAUAAAAUUUUGAAAUAGGUUUAGAAUAUCCCCGUUGUAAUUGACCAACUAC